AUGUUCUUUUUUAUUGAAAAUAAUAAAAAACAUGAAGCUAGCUGGAAACAUAUUUUAGACCUUUAUAAACUAGACAGCAAUAUAGAUGAUGUUAAACUAUUACCAAGGUUGACUGCAGAACAUGUGAUACCGGAAAAAAUAAAAAAAAUGAAAGUUCGGAAUGCUUCUCAAGUAUUAAGCCAAAGAGUGUCUUCAAUCAUGCAUUUUUUAGCUUCUAAAAAUAUUUUAGAUGAAAAUGCUCAGGACACUGCCAUAUUUUGUUUGUUUUUUGACAAGUUAUUUGAUUCGGUUAAUGGUUGUUUUAAUAAAAUUGAAGAUGGGAAAAUUUUUAGAACUUCCUUUAAAACUAAUUCUCCACAUCAUCAGUUAUGGAUAGACUCUUUGAAGAUUCUGGAAACAAUGCCACCAACAUUGAAAAACUGGUCCAAAACAAUAAAAGGUUUCCAAGAAGUAUACAAAGUUCUGAAAAACAGUGGGGUACAUUCAAUUCUUUUAAGAAAUUUUAACCAGGACAGUAUUGAAAAUUUCUUUGGAGCUAUGAAAGCCUUGGGUUACAGGAACAACAACCCAACUUGCAGUAGUUUUGCAUCUUCCUACAAGACCUUGCUUUUAAACAAUUUGAUGUCGGCCCAUUCACCAGGUAGCAACUGUGAAGAGGAUUCAGGUGAAGGUUGUUUGACUUCUUACAAAUCUUUAUUUUCUGUUUAUAAUGAUGUUGACACGUUAGAACCAGAACAUGAUUCUGUUGUUGAACGAAUUUCUGAUGGACCAGAAAAAAUAAGUAUAUGCAAUUCAGAAUUGUUGAAUGAUUUGGGAAACCUUACAAAAAAUUAUAUUGCUGGAUAUGUAGUAAAGAAACUUAAUACUAUACUUUUUAAAGAUUGUAAGACAUGUUUAAGUCAAAUUUGUUCUACAUCAUUAACUAAAGACCAUGAUGUUACUUUAGCAAGGGAUUAUAAUCCAGAUGGGAAAUAUUUGUUGAAAUACCCUAAAAGUACAUUUUGUUUAUUAGUUCAACAAACAAUUGAUCUUAUUAGUAAAAAAUUACCAUCCUUGUGUCAUCACAAGACGUUAAAAACUGAGUUGUAUAAAAUUAUUCAAAAUGAAUUAAAUUGUAAUUUUAUAAAUUGUUCUGCCCAUGGUAAAAUUUUUCCAGAAAAAUUUGUAAAUUUUUUAAUAAAAUUAAUGGUACACAACUGGUGUACACAAAUUAACAGAAUUUUAUCAGGUAAAAUAAAAUUGGGAGAAAAUGAGACUGAUCCCAUUAAGCUAAGUGCUUACUGCCGAUACGUAACUUUUUCCAAAAAAAAGUCCUUUAAAUAA